GGGUUUGUCUUGAAAAGCCCUUAUUUCACAGUUUUAGACAGACAGACACAUAUUCCUCUCUCACUACAUAACCGAGGUCUCCUUGGUAAAUAUAAAAAUUUGCAUCUCCUCAGAAAAUUUCAUACAAUUUGGGAAUUCAUCUUUUUUUUUUUCCACUCUCAAACUCAACAUACUAUAGUAUUGCAUCCAUGGCUUUAAUGCUGGAUAGCUGUGAAGGAAUCCUACUCUCCUUAGAUUCGCAGAAAUCAGUUCCGGCGCCGUUUCUGACGAAGACGUACCAGCUGGUGGACGACCCCGCAACCGAUCACAUCGUCUCAUGGGGCGAAGACGACUCCACCUUCGUGGUGUGGCGGCCGCCGGAGUUCGCCCGCGACCUCCUCCCCAACUACUUCAAGCACAACAACUUCUCCAGCUUCGUCCGCCAGCUCAACACCUAUGGUUUCAGAAAGAUCGUCCCCGAUCGAUGGGAGUUCGCCAACGACUUCUUCAAGAAGGGGGAGAAGCACUUGCUCUGCGAGAUCCACCGCCGGAAAACGUCGCAGCCGCAGGUGCCGCACCACCACCACCCCAUCACCGGCCAGGGCUUCUUCCCCUACCCCAGCCGCCUCAGCAUCUCCCCCACCGAUUCGGACGACCAUCCAUGGGGCGAGUCGUCGCCGCCGCUGGCGUCCCCCACCGGCGGCGGAUACCACAGCGUCAACGCCGCCGCGUCGUUGACGGCGCUCUCCGAAGACAACGAGAGGCUGAGGAGAAACAACAGCAUGCUCAUGUCGGAGCUCACGCACAUGAGGAAACUCUACAACGACAUCAUCUACUUCGUGCAGAACCACGUGAAGCCUAUGGCUCCCAGCAAUUCCUAUCAUUCAUCUCUAUUUCUCCCGACCUCAUCGCCGCCCUCGUCCGCCGCCGCAAUGCUGCAUAAGCCGCUCACUAAUUUGAUCGGAUACCAACAGAUGAAUGGAGGCGGAAACCCUAAACAAUUUCCCAACUCGUUCGUCAACCCGUCAUCUUCCCCAAGCAAGAGCAGCCUCACGGUGGCGGCCGAUAGCGAGGCGGCGGCGCCGUGCCGGACGAAGCUGUUCGGCGUGGCGCUGUCGUCGAAGAAGAGAUUGCACCCGGAAUGCAAUUCCACGGCGGCGACAACGAACAAGACGAGGUUGGUUCUUGAAAAGGAUGACUUAGGAUUCAAUCUCAUGCCUCCAUCUUCUUGCUAGCUAGCUUCUCUCUCCACCAAAAAAAAAAAAAAAGGAGAAACAAAUUCAUAUGUUCUUGUAUCUUUGCCUAGUUUCUGCUAAAUAUAUGUUUUAAUCAGUCUUUACCUUGAGGUGUUUCUGUUAGUACGUGAGUGCGUGCUGUGUGUGUAAAUAUAGACUGUAGCUUCGGUUAUUCAUCUUCUGCUCCCAGCAAUUGAUGCCGGUGGGUUUUGGUUAGAGUGAAGAGAUUAAUUAAGACGAUAUGAUCUUCAUAUUAUCCAAGAUAAUGUGUGGUUUUUUGCUCUA